GUCAUUCACACGCUAUGAUGUUUGCAUUGCAAGUGAAUACAGUGACCGCACCAAGCCGCUGAAGGUUUCUGAUCCUUCUCAGCACUUUGAUUCCCUCACCUUUAUUACCAUUCACCUUUGUGAUCAUAGGAAUUUUGUCCAUUUCAGGAUGACUCAGGUGUUCACAUUUUAUAUUUUUGUCUUCCAUUGCUUUCUUGUACUCUUUUUCUUUUUAAGGUGUCUGAAUGAAUCCAUGGAAGAAGAGAAAAAAAAAAAACCCUGUGGGUUUGUUCCCUCCUGUAAAAUGCUACUUUAUUUCCACUUGAUAAUAGCUAUAAUGUUCUGUCCUGUCUGUCCUGACCACAUACUCCUCUGCACCGAAAGUUGCGCUUCACAGAUAACAGCGGGAACAAUGGUCAAGGGUAGGGCAGGCGUCCAGUAGUGGAGUGAAACAGGGACUUCAUCAUAAUUGCUGUUAAUAAUUACAGUCGUGAUAAGCAGCUGAGGUGGCAUUUAUUGAUGGCAGAAGCGUCUGAGGCCCCAGUUGAUCCCUAGGUGCUGCGACGGAAGCGACACAGCGUGGAAGCUUACGCUCGAAGAGUAUAUAUCAGAGUCACAUAGAGAGGGAGCAGCGGUCCUCCAAGGGCAGCAGACUGAAGAUGAUGCGAGCGGGAGCGAGGCAGUAUGUAGUGGCCAGGCCGCUGUACUCGGAGGAGUCCUUCAGCGAGGAGCACGAGAAGGUCUACAGGCGCCACAAGACAAUGCUAGACCACAUUAAACAGUACUUCAGAUGUGACGCCAAGCGAGCCAAGAACGCAGCUCUGUCUCUCCUGCCAGUCAUCGGCUGGAUGAAAAUCUACAGAAUCAAAGAGUGGCUGUUCAGUGACAUCGUGUCUGGCAUCAGCACAGGACUGGUGGCUGUCCUGCAAGGUCUGGCCUACUGCCUGCUGGCCUCUCUGCCUCCAUGGUAUGGACUCUUUGCUGCCUUCUUUCCAGUGAUCAUCUACUUUUUCUUGGGCACCUCAAGACACAUGUCAGUGGGUCCUUUCCCAGUCUUGUGCCUGAUGAUUGGCUCGGUGGUAACUAGGCUUGUGCCUGACGAAGGGCCAGCUGCCAACAUCACGGGGUGGGAAGGUCUGACAAGAGACGAACAGAGAGUGCUGGUGGCCUCCUCUCUGACCUUCCUCGUUGGUAUCAUGCAGCUGGCAAUGGGAAUACUACAGGUGGGCUUUGUUGUCAUGUAUCUGUCCGAUACCCUGGUCUCCGGUUUCACCACAGCUGCUGCCAUCCAUAUCCUGGUUUCUCAGUUAAAGUUUGUGUUGGGGCUCCAGGUGCCUGGCAUCAGUGGACCACUUUCCCUCAUAUAUACACUGGAGAUCAUUUUUAACAAGAUCACUUCCAGCAACGUCUGCGACAUUGUGAUCUCUCUCGUGAUCAUGGUGGUCGUGUUCCUUGUGAAAGAGCUAAACGACAGAUUCAAAUCCAAGCUGCCUGUGCCCAUCCCGAUAGAGGUUAUCAUGACUGUUAUUGCUUGUGGAGUUUCUUAUGGGUUUGACUUCAAGACAAGAUACGGCAUUGACGUUGUUGGCCAAAUUCCAAGAGGAUACGAGCCUCCAGUUGCCCCAGACCUGCGCAUCUUCCAAGAAACAGCAAUGGAAGCUUUUCCCAUGGCUAUAGUGGGCUUUGCUGUGGCCUUCUCAGUGGCAAAAGUCUAUUCUAUAAAACAUGAUUACACAAUUGACGGGAACCAGGAGCUGAUAGCCUUUGGAGUAAGCAACAUUUUUGGAGCAUCCUUCAAGGCUUUUGCUGCAAGCACAGCUCUUUCCAGGAGUGCAGUACAAGAAAGUACCGGAGGAAAAACUCAGGUUGCUGGUUUAAUUUCAGCUAUUAUAGUAAUGAUUGUCACUUUGGCUAUUGGAUAUCUUCUAGAGCCUUUACCAAAGUCUGUGCUGGGUGCCGUGGUCAUCAUCAACCUAAAGGGCAUGCUGAUGCAGUUCAGGGAAAUCCCUUACCUGUGGAGGAGAGACAGACCCGAUUGUGUUGUGUGGGUGGUCACUUGUUUUGCAGCCAUCGUGCUGGGGCUGGACCUUGGAUUGGCUGUAGGUCUUGGUGUGGAGCUUAUCUGCGUCGUCCUCAGGGUUCAGUUCCCUCGCUGCAGUGUGCUGGCCAAUAUUAAGGGGACAGAUAUUUACAAAGACAGAAAGGACUAUUUCAGUAUAGAUGAACCAGAGGGCGUUAAGAUUUUCAGAAUCCCGUCCCCGAUCUUCUUUGCUAACAUGGACUUCUUUAGGAACAAACUAGUGGAAGCUCUUGGCUUUAAUCCACUGAGAGUAUUGAAAAAAAGGAAUAAAGCCCUGAGUAGGAUCAGAAAACUUCUGAAGAAGGGUGACCUGCAGUGGACAUCAAAAGGGUUCCUAAAUGCAACAAAUGGAUCCAUAAAGGAAUCAGAAGAGGACAGCAACACAGAGGAGCUGGACCAGCCGAUUGACUUCAAGGACCUUCCGGCUCGCAUUGACUGGAACUGCGGGCUUCCUGCUAACAUUGUUGUUCCCAGUGUGGAGAUCCACAGCCUGGUUUUGGAUUUCGCCGUUGUCUCCUUUCUAGAUAUAUCCGGUCUGAAGGGGCUAAAAACUUUGCUGAAAGAACUGAUCCGUGUCGAAGUUGAGGUCUACAUAGUAGCCUGUGAUCCAUACAUCUUGGAGAAACUCCACAACUGUUGCUUCUUUGAUGAAGAAGUUAAGCCCUCCAUGUUCUUCCUAACUCUGCAUGAUGCCGUGCUGCACAUUUUGGAGAAACAUCCCGAGUCGACAGGAAAGAAAACAGACCCUGAUAAGAUAUUAACAACAGUGACAGUCCACCAUCCGAGCAGCAGUUUGAGGAUCAGGGAUAAAAAUGGUCCAGGGCCAGAUGCAGAGACCAAGUUUUAACCAGGGCCAGGAGGGCAAAACGAUAGGAGGAAACAGCAAAGAUAAAAUGACAAGAAGAUCACAUGUUUCAUACAUUGUUCUAUUUAACUCACGCAGUAAUAUGUUUUAGAGAUCACAUUUUGAAUGAUUGUAAAAAUCAUUUGAAAAGAGUAAAUGCAGGGUUUUUUUUUUUUGAUAAUAAAUAAAAAUCGCAAUUUUCAAAUUCCAGAUUAACAACACAUGGUGUAUUUCACUAACCAAAAAAUGGCUUUGAGCCCUUGAGCGCUGUGCUGACACACACCCGUACGCUCCAUUACAGCACACAGCCAGAAGUGCUGCUUGUGUAGAGGUGGCCACACUGACGAUCAGUUCAUUGGUGCAUUUGACGAUCACUAAUUGGCUUCUUCUUACCUAAUGUACCUAAAGAUCUUUUGGAAUAUGCCAUGUCUGUUGUUUAUCUAAGCUUGUAUUUACCACGUUUUUAAAAUUAGGUUGUUGUUUAUAUAUAUAUAAAAGAAAAUGUAUGUGUGAUUGUUUCUAUGUCAGAAACACAUUAUAGGACUUAGGUGAGGUUUAUAAUAUGCAGAUGUAAAUAUAUCCAUUUGAUGUAGACUCUUUUUUAUCAUGUCUUCAUACAUAGAAUUUAAGAGCUUGUUUUUAUUUUUUUAUAUAUCUGUACAUAGCAAAUAAUGAUAUAUCUUUCAAUAAAAUUGUAUGUUUUAUUAGAAAAGCCAAAUGACGUUUUUUUAUACUGUAAACCUUUAAUUUGUGGACAAUUUCUGUUGUAAUAAUGAAUCUAAAUGAAUACGUUGGCCAGCGUUUUUGUUACAGCACUUUUCUGUUUGUAAAAUUAAAAAUCCACAUUUA